UCUCAACUCGCCGUUGUGGGGUUUGGACCUCUACUACCGUCACCAAGCACCCCCCCAUCAAAGCUUUGGAGCCAAAACCAAGCUCCAAAACCGAAGCCAUCUCAAGCAGCCCCGGCAUGCUACCUCGGCCGCCUCCAUGACACGGGGUCGGAGCCUAGUGAGACGCAUAGGGAACCCGGGACCGCCUUCCAAGGCCGCCGGCUGGAGUCGCUUCCAAGCCGCCCCCUCAGCGCCGCCCUUGUCGACGCCGAGACCGAAGCCGACGCAGCACACCCCCAACCCCUUCGCCAGCCUCGUCGCGCCGCAGCAGCAGGAGCCGACGCAACGCAGGCCAGAGCCUCAGCUGUCCGCCGACAUCCCUACCCCGCCGCCCGCCUGGCCCGACAUCUCGGGCUUCGCUAGCGCCCCCGCCGACGCCGCCAUCCAGAGCUGGUCACAGCCCGACCGGGCGUCGAGGGCAUGGCUGACGAGGUCUCUGGUGUCUCGGCGCGCGCGCAGGGAGGACUCGGCCAGAUGGCUCGAGCUGACCUUGGGCGGCGGCGGCGGCGGCGGGCCUGAGCUGCCCCCGUCGUCGUCAUCGUCGCCGUCAUCACCGCAACAGCAGCCCCGCCCCGCCGAGAAGCCGGCGGCGCUCUACCUCUCGGCCACGUCGACGUCGCUGCUCCCCUCGGACUUCUACCGGCUGGCGCCGCAGUCGGACCACGUGCACUUCUGGACCACGCGCAACAGCCUCCGCGCUGUGCUGCAGGCCCGCCACCCCGUCACGCACCAGCCGCUUGGCCACUACACGCUGAUAUUCGACUCGGCCGCGGCCGCGGCCGCCUACCUCGACGCCGCCCGCCGCCUGCACCUGCGCUCCAACGAGCCGGGCGUGCUCGGCCUCCCCACCGCCCGCGUGCCCCGCGCCACCCUGCCCUUCCGCGUCCGCAAGGUCGGGCUCGCCGUCCCGACCUGGGGCAGGCGCCCGCCAAACCCCACCGACGGCGGCUCCCCGGGCGACAGGGGCCCCUCGACCACGCCCGGCGGGCACGCGAGGGACGACUUUCUGACCUCGUGGCCCGAGUUCCUCGGCCACGCCUUCGACGUGCGCUCCUUCACCCUCGCCCCGCCCAGCGUGCCCCUGACCAUGCGCGUGAGGCCGCUGGCCGAGCCGGGGAGCGACGAGGGCGGCAGGGCCGCCGCCGCCGCCGCCGCCGCCGACGAGCUCGACCUCGACGCCGCCACCCUCUACGGUGACGACCGCUCCGCCCGCGCCUCACUGGGGGGCAAAAACAGCACCACAAAAAACACCAACAACCCCGGCCCCGGCCCGGACGCCUGGGCCCGCGCCCCGGGCUUCGAGUGGGGCCGCGCGCUGGGCGGCGAGAUGUCGCGCGCCGUGCGCAACCGCGACUUUGAGGUGACGCAGGUCCUGUGCACCUUCGACGACGUGGGCGGCGACACGUCGGGCGGGCUGACGCGCAAGGGCGUGACGCUGCCCUCGGUCGGCCGCCUGAUCGACCUGGACGGCCGCAGGCGCAACCUGACGUGGCGGCUGCGGCCCUCGGACGCCGUGCUGCCCGUCCACGGGGCCGCCACCGCCCUGGGCGCCGCCGACGUCUCCAUCGAGGACGUCGAGGCCGCCCUCGCCGCCGGCGUCGACCUGACGGGCGACCUGCUGCGCUACAGCAGCGCUCGCCAGCCGCAGCCCGGCGACGACGACGCCGGCGCCGACGCCUUCUUCGGCCCCCGCGACGAGCCCAGGUACAGGCGCUACCUGCUCUCGUUUCAGGACGCCGCCGAGGCCAAGCGCUUCGCCCGCGAGUGGCACAAGCGGAGGGUGCUCGUCAAGGGCGAGGUCUGGAGGGUCAACGCGACCGCUCUCUGGUAGUUGCGAGGCUCAGCGGGCAACGGAGACCGCCUGUAUUAUAAUGUCCUUUUUUUUUUCUACUCCCCUUUCUCCCUCUCUCUAUCCAGACUAUCUACCGAAAAGACCUUAGACAUAGACAUCGGGUGGGGGGCUCGCGCCGUGUGCGUAUGUUCAUAUUGUCUGGGCCAGGCUGGGGGUGUAAAAAAGGAUGCAAAAGCGACGAGGGCAGGUCACAAAACAGCGGCGACGAUGUGAGAGGCUGACAUCAUAGAAGCAAUAAAACAGAUUACGUGAGAAAAUAUAAGCGAUAAAGACACGAUGAGAAAGGUGUACUAAUAAAUAUAGAGAGAAAUAAGACAACGGCAGACAAACAACACAAGCAGGGCGAAUACGAACUGUCUAAAGGGCUCUCCCUGACGCAAAAUAAAGGUGAUAAAAGACCCAGAUUCUUCAGCUCCAAAC